GAAUCAGCGUUACGGGCCGGCGUGUCCCCUCAUCAUCGUAAUACAAAGUUUGAAGGUGCAGCAGCCUGCAAGGGUUUACAGCACUGGCUGCGCUGUUGGCAGCGCAACUGCCAUGACUGGCAGCCAGCGCAUGUUCCUGGUGGAUGGCCAGGCAGUGUACCUGGAGGGCCUGGAGGGUGGCGGCGACAUCAGCGAGGAUGUGCUGCAGCAGGCACUGGUGCAGCUGGCUGAUGACAGAGGGGAGGUUGAGCCAGCCAGUGAUAUGAUUCAGGAUGCACAGAGGCUGGAGGUGGGGGACGAGGAACCGCUGGAGGAGGAUGGGGAGGGCGUGCUGGCCGUGCUACAGGAUGAGGCCGGCCAGCAGCAAACAGUGCACCUCACGCCCAGCCAGGCCGAGGUGGCCGAUUUGGGGCCGGAGCCUGUGCGGGAGCGGCGGCCGUCGGUCGGCGAGCGGAGCACCGCCCAGGAGGUGGCCUCGCUCGCCUCCUCCGUCGUGCUGGACCUCAACGAGCAGCCAAGCCUGGUGGACCAGUCGGUGGGCGGUCACAAGGUGACGUACACGUUCGAGGUCGUCGACGACAAGGACGCGGCGCCAGUGGACGCUGACCGGCCCGUCGGCAUGCCCGGCCUGCUGGCCAAGACGCGCGAGAUCAUGACGCCGCGCGUGCGUGCCGGUGAUGCGCGACAGAUUCAGCAGCAGAUCCACAGGACGGCUGCACAGGUGCUGCGGACCACCACACCGUCGGCGCCGGUGCCCAGGGACCCAGUGACUGGGGGAUACCUUUCGGCGGCUAAGGUCAAGCGGGGACCGGUGUACAACACGGGGCCGAACGCUGUGAAGAGCAAGAACAAGACAGUCAUCAACACGGCCAGCUCUGUGCAGGAGAAGACGACGAGCGCAGCGGCGGCGGCGACUGCAACUGGGACUGCGGCCGGGACUGCGGCUGCGGCUGCGGCUACGGGUGCGACUGCGACUGUGACUGCAAAUGCGGCUGCAGCCGGCGGCGCGCCCUCCUCGACGCCUCAGCCCGACGAGGAUGACGAUGACCUGCCGGUGAUCCUGACGCCGAUGAACGGCGAGGAGCAGCUGCCGGACUUCAUCGAGCCGCGACCGGGCCUGCGCAUCCUGGUGCGACCGCUGGAGGCGUCCGAGGACAGCGGCGGCGGCGGCGGCGGCGGCGGCGGCGGAGCAGCGCCGUGCUCACGGCCGCCCGGCUCCAGCAACAACCCCAUCCAGCUAGUCCAGCAAGGCAACACGUUCAAGUCGCUACAGCCACUGAGCGCCGAGCAGCUGAAGCAGAUCGCCGCCGUGCUCCAGCAGAGCAGGCUAAACGUGCCGAGUCACGCGCGCAACAGCCUGUACGACGCCGACACAAACACGCGCGUCGUGUACAGGGUGGUGUAUCCGGACGACGUGGGUCGGGCCGGCGGUGGCCGGGGCCGCGGCAGGGGCCGGCCCAGAGGCGCCGGCCGACCGCGCAGAACGGUCGACGACGCCGACGCCGACUGGUGGCCAGAGAUGACGAGGGCUGAGAAAGCGGAGAGGAAGCGUUCCGCGACGAAAACCCGAACUGGUCGCUUGUCGAAGCCGCCGAAGCACAUGGUGAAAGACUACAGACACAUCCACCGGCUGGACUUCAACUCGCCGGACCUGGACGAUUCUGACGGCGGCUACUCGGACUGGGAGGAUGGCGACGCUGCCAACCGGGACCGGGAUGGAGCUGACACCGGCGGCGGCGGGUCAGCAGCCGGUGAGGGCGAUGAGGAGCGGCCGGCGUCGACUCUGAAGCCCAAGCGGCAGCUGCCGCAGACCAUGCGGGACCGCUUCACCUGCCUCACCUGCGGCGCGCUCUGCAUCGGCUACAUCCGACUGGAGGGCCACUUCCGCAAGUUCCCGGACCACGAGCGACCCGUGUACACGCCAGUGAAGUCCGCCCAGAAGGCACCGACCAGAACACCAGGCAGAAGGGGUGGCCGACAGCGCCGGACAGACGACAAGGCGACCGUCACACCGCUCCGGCCGCCUUCCAAGCGGCCCCGGCUGGAGCCGGACCCGGAGGACGACGAGCACACACCGCCGAUGACGUCCGACCAGCUGCUGGCCACACUGGCGGUGCAGUCUGGCGGCAGCAUCGAGAGGCUCUGUGACAGCAUGCUGGCCGUGGUGGCCAGGUUCCGCGAGCACGUGCGGACGGCGCUGUGCGCCGCCGACGGCCAGCAGAGCGGCGGCGUCCUGCUGACGAUGGACGCCGACAAGUCAGCUCUGACGGGACUCCCGACCGGCGAGUACGCGCUGCGGUCGAGCGCGCAGCCGACGCCCGACACGGGCCAGUCCACGGUCGGCCCGGCGGAGGCGGUCGUGCUGGACGCGGGGCCGCACGUCCUGGACGAGUUCGUCGGCGGCCUGGUGGACGCGGCUGGCUACGCGUUCGCGGCGGACGGUGGUGUCGACCCUCCGGCUGCGGGAAAGCUGGACGGGAGCUCGGUGGCCGGUCUGGAGACGGCGCAGGCCGAGCUGAACCUGACAGGCGCGAUGGGCGGCGCCAGCGCGCCUCUGCUCGGACCGCGGCCGUAG